GUAUACAAAUACAUACUUUAAAGUCUUUUAAUGCAUUUAAAGAAAGAAUUUGAUAUUAUUCACAAAAUAAAAUAAAAUAAAAUUGAUAUCCACAAAAUGAGAAAUUUGUUUUUCAAAGUUUGAUUAAACUUCACACCAAACGGUCCCUUAUUUUCUUCUAACGGCUAUUGAGCUGGCAAUUGCUCUACAUGUCGGCUUCAUCCACAAAGAAGGAGAUGUUAUGGCGGGCAAGGCGGUUCAUACAUCGCCAACAACUACAAAAAGCUCUGAUCUUUUUCUUCUCUAAUCAAUUUACAACCCAGUUAGCCAUUAGAGCUCAGCAAUCUUCAUCUCACCAAUCAACUCCUCUCAUUUCCCUUCUUGAAGCCUGCCACCGAUCUAAAUCUCUCAGUCAAGCCAAGAAAAUCCAUCAGCUUCUCCUUAAGAACAAAACCCACAUUGAAGAAAGAUGUCAACUUUUUGAAAAACUAGCUCAGGUAUACAUUGCUUGUGAUGAGGUAGAGCUUGCUCGCCAUCUGUUCGAUGAAAUUCCUAACCCAAGUGUUUUUUUGUGGAACCUUUUGAUCAGAGGGUAUGCAUGGAAUGGACCUUUUGAGAAAGCUGUUGACUUGUAUUAUGGGAUGCUUGAUGCGGGUGUCAGACACACGAAGUUCACUUUUCCAUUUGUUCUCAAGGCCUGCUCGGGUUUGCAAGAUGUAGAAGUUGGUCGAGAAAUUCACGAGCAUGCCAGAGUACUCGGGCUCCAAUCUGAUGUAUAUGUUUGCACUGCUUUAAUUGACAUGUAUGCGAAAUGUGGUGAUUUGAUUGAAGCACAGAGGGUAUUUCAUGGUAUGUUGUAUAGAGAUGUUGUUGCUUGGAAUGCCAUGAUUGCUGCGUUUUCGCUUCAUGGUUUUUAUGAUGACACUGCAAAGUUGCUUAUUCAAAUGCAGAAAGCAAGGACAAGUCCCAAUUCAUCGACCAUGGUGGCAGUUCUUCCCAUCGUUGCACAAGCUAAUGCACUCAACCAGGGUAAGGCUAUCCAUGGUUACUCUUUAAGAAGGAAAUUCAGUGGUGAUGUGGUCCUUGCAACGGGUCUUCUGGAUAUGUAUGCUAAAUGUCAGUGCAUAUCUUAUGCUAGGAGAAUCUUUGAUGUUAUUGGUGUUAGGAAUGAGGUCUGUUGGAGUGCUAUGAUUGGAGCAUAUUCAUGCAAUCAUAUGAGAGAGGCAUUGGCAUUAUUUUACAAAAUGGUUUGUGAAAAUGAAAUUAACCCAACACCUGUUACUCUCGGGAGCAUUCUUAGGGCAUCUGCAAAGCUAAAUGAUUUGAGAAGAGGGAGGCUGAUACAUUGUUAUGCUAUAAAAUCUGGGUGGGAAUUUGAUUUAAUGGUAGGUAACACUCUACUUUCAAUGUAUGCAAAGUGUGGAACUUUAGAUGAUGCUGUUAGGUUCUUUGACAAGAUGAUUUUGAAAGAUACAGUUUCUUACAGUGCUAUCAUCUCAGGGUGUGUGCAAAAUGGUUAUGCAGAGGAGUGUUUACUGACAUUCCACCAGAUGCAAUUAUCUGGUAUAGAACCAGAUUUGACAACCAUGGUAAGUGUCUUACCUGCCUGUUCACAUUUGGCUGCUCUACAACAUGGGGCCUGUGCCCAUGGUCACUCAAUUAUCCAUGGCUUUGCUACUGACAGCUCAAUUAGAAAUGCCCUUAUAGACAUGUACUUGAAAUGUGGAAAGCUCAGUACUGCAAGGAAAGUUUUUGAUAUGAUGCAUGAGAAGGAUAUCAUCUCAUGGAACACAAUGAUAUUUGGUUAUGGAUUUCAUGGCCUUGGGAAUGAAGCACUUUCAUUAUUCAAUUAUAUGCUGGCAGCUGCUAUUAAGCCUGAUGAUGUGACUUUCAUUGGUCUCUUAUCUGCUUGCAGUCAUUCAGGGCUCAUCACAGAAGGGAAAUAUUGGUUUAAUGCCAUGAGCCAAGAUUUCAACAUCAUUCCUAGGAUGGAACAUUACAUAUGCAUGGCUGAUCUUCUGGGCCGGGCUGGACUUUUGGAUGAGGCACACAUGUUCAUCCAGAGAAUGCCACUUAAGGCUGAUGUUCGAGUAUGGGGCUCCCUGCUAUCUGCAUGUAGGAUCCAUAAUAAUAUUGAACUAGGAGAAGAAGUAUCAAAGAAGAUCCAGGGGCUAGGACCUGAAGGUACUGGAAAUUUUGUUCUCUUGUCAAAUUUAUACAGUUCUGUUGGGAAAUGGGAUGAUGCAGCACGUGUCAGAACCAUGCAGAAGGUCCAAGGUUUCAAGAAGAGUCCAGGAUGCAGUUGGGUAGAGAUAGAUGGCAUUAUUCAUGGAUUUGUUGGUGGAGAUCAGUCCCAUCCUCAGUCAGGACAGAUAAAUGACAAAUUAGAGGAACUGCUGGUGGAAAUGAAAAGGUUGGGGUAUCAUGCAGAAUCUUGUUUUGUUCUUCAAGAUGUUGAAGAAGAGGAGAAAGAAAGGAUUCUUCUCUAUCACAGUGAGAAACUGGCUAUUGCAUUUGGAAUCCUUAAUCUAAGUCCUACAAAACCCAUUUUAGUGACUAAGAAUCUACGGGUUUGUGGUGAUUGCCAUGCUGCCAUAAAACUUAUCAGUCUCAUUACACGGAGACAGAUAACUGUAAGAGAUACAAGUCGCUUUCAUCAUUUCAAAGAUGGAAUAUGCAACUGUAGGGACUUCUGGUGAAGAAAAUGAUGGAGAGGGAGUAUUCCACUGGCCACUAUCCCUUAGUCCCUAUAGCUGUUCCAUGGCUAAUUGAGGCAGGGUACUGACAUCUCUUGAAUGAACCAAAAGAAAAUGUUUAGUAGAGACCACAGAGAUCAAAAUUCGGAAACUGAAAUACCAUUGUGGGAGAGCGGUGGAUUAUUGCUUCCUGGAUGAAGAAUUAAUGCUUUCGAUGCCAAAUCUGGGAAGGCUCUCUUGAAGUAAUCCUUUAAAUCUUGGUAAACACGUCUCCUACUUGAUCUCUAUAAAUUGCAGAAAUAGUUUAACUAUUUUUAGCCUCUGUAACAAAAUUUAAAUUUUGGAAUUUGUUUGUAAGUAUGAAAUUUUCAUAAA